CGAGGUCAUUAUCGGCCUUUUUUUGGCUAAUAUAAAGGGGAGUGUGUAGUACUUGUGCUCAGACAGAAGCAAUCGAACUUGAUCCAUCGGACCAACAGGCUUCAAUGCUAACAAGAUGUCAUCCGACGAUCAGUCCGAUCCACAGGCGGCCCUUUCUGGGAAUGAUGGUGCACCAGCUCCUGCCAGAGAAGCCCUGAUUUCUACAGCUGUGAAAUUUCUUCAAAAUCCAAAAGUGCGUCAGAGUCCCCUGGCCACCAGAAAAGCCUUCCUGAAGAAAAAAGGGUUGACGGAUGAGGAGGUAGACCUGGCCAUCCAGCGCACGGGGAGCACAGAAGAAAUCCUGCCUUUUAGAAGUGUCGGGGCUCCACAUCCACUUAACUCAACUCACUUGGCCACUGUUUCUCACAGUUCAAAAGGCCUAAGAUGGAGAAACUAUGGUGCCUUCACCAUCAUGAUGGUGGGCAUAGCCUAUGGCUGUCAUCAACUUUACAAGAAAUACAUCCUUCCUCUCAUUAUGGCAUGCCGAGAGGACAAGAAGCAUCUGCAGAGGAUGGAGAGCAACAUUGCAGCAAUGAGUGGCACGCUGACACAGACAGUUGGACAGCUGCAGCAGACCCUGACUUCCCUCCAGGAGCUUCUGAUUCAACAGCAGCAGAAGAUCCAAGAGCUCUCUCAAGAACUGGUGACAGCAGAGGUGUCAUCUGCAACCAGUCGCAUCGUGGACAACCAAACAGUUGGAGAGCUGAAAGCUGAGAUAGUCUCUUUGAAAGGUUUACUGCUCAGCAGGAGACAAUUUCCAUCAACCCCCUCAGUUCCUAAGAUCCCCUCAUGGCAGAUUCCCUUGAAGGCCAAUUCAGCGUCCAGCUCCCAGUCAGUCAACCACAGCAGCAGCGAUAUCUCUCCCGUCAGUAACGAGUCCGACAACUCUUCCCCGGUCAAAGAUGGACGCCAUUGCCCACAAGAUGAGCUGGGCGUGGCGCACGGUGUCAACGGUGAUGAUGUUGGCCUCGGGACAGCACUGCCUUUGGAUCUUAAGAACCUGGCUCGCAUGGAGGUGCAGGGAGAAGAGCCGAAUAAGCAGGCAAAUAAUGAUUUCAGCCAGGAAAAGGAAGAAGAGGACGGUCUAAGCAUGCAGUCAAAGGAUCGUCGAGGCGGAGAUGGACAGAUCCACGAGCAAGAAGACAAGCUCAGGAGAGCUGAGGAUGCCGGCGAUGAAAGUGAGGUGGAUUAGACCGCUGUAGAACACUCUCCAAGUGCAUCACUUCUUCACUUCUCUUGAGAAGAGUCCCUGAGUGAGAAGACAGGAUGGAUCUCCUUCAUAGGAACACGCAGACAGGUUAGAAGGACGCUGGACACAAUUGCAGCAAAUUACUUUGUUUGAUCAGAAUGUGUAACUCAUGCUUUUAUAGACACUGUAAAAAUAUAACUUAUGGAUUUUGUUCCAUUUGGUGACCUGUUAAAAUAAUUAUUAUAUGUUUGAAGGCUAUAUAACUAUGAUAACAAAAUAUUUUUAAAGAAAUUCAGCUUCAUUUUAUGUACAACAUUGGUGUCAAACUCAAUGUCUGGGGGUCAGACCUAUUCCACAACAUCAUUUUUUGUGGCCUAUGAACGCCUGGAACUAAUGUGCAUCAAUAAAGUACUUCAUCUUUUUUAUUAAA